UCAGUUUUAUUUGACUGUUUAAUUUGAUCAGAAUCGGUGAAUUAGAAUAGUUAUGUUACUUGCGAUAUUGUUUUGUAUGGCAGGACUGGCGUCCGCUGGUACGGGAUACAUUUACCCGAAGCCAUCUAUUCCGUUUGAAGAAGUGCUUUGUCCACCUGGAACAGUUGGAGUAUAUCCUGAUUGUAGAAGUAUAUGUAUUUUAGAUUGGGAUCAGUUUAAAGCAAAGUUUAACAAAAGUUAUACGAGCGAUUACGACGAAUCUGAACGACAGCAAAUUUUCCACCGAAAUAUACAAAUGAUUGAUGCACACAAUCAGCUAUACGAACAAGGUCAGGAGUCGUACUCAUUAUGUUUGAAUAAAUUCGGUGAUUGGUCUGUGGACGAGUAUAUGAGUAUCAAUGGAAUAGACUAUUCACAAAUGCCGCUGGAAUUUGAAGACCUACAAUCUGACUGCGAAUGUGAUUGUAGCAAUUGUGAAAAAGGAAGGCACGGUUCGGAAGAUGAAAAUGAUGACGAUGGAACGUCAGGUAUUUGGUUGAAAGAUGGAACUGCUCCCAGAUCCGGCGCUAAAGGUGCGAAGCCAAACGAAAUUGUUCCGGACUCGAAAGAUUGGCGUAACGACGGAGCCGUAACACCAGUAAAAGAUCAAUUGAAGUGUGCGUCGUGCUGGGCCUUCUCGGCAGCUGGAGCUUUGGAAGGACAAUUUUUCCUUAAAAAUGGCGUACUUGAAUCGUUAUCUGAACAACAAUUGGUUGAUUGCUCUCGACGCUUUGCUAAUAACGGAUGUAAUACUGGAUUUAUGACCAAUGCCUUCUUGUACACUCGAAAGGACGGAAUACUCUUGGAAAACGAGUAUCCGUACGAAGCGAAAGACAACAAAUGUAGAGCCACACCUAACUCGUCGAAAAACCGUAAAUUGAGAUCAAUUCCGAAGGGUGAUGAACAAACAUUGAAAUUAGCUGUUGGUCAGAUUGGGCCUGUGUCCGUGGGCUUGGAUGCUACACACGAUAAGUUCAUGUUUUACUCGGAAGGCGUUUAUUAUAAUACAGACUGUGAUCCAGAAAGAAUUAGUCAUGCUGUGUUAGCCGUUGGGUACGAUACAGACGAAAAAACCGGAAUGGAUUAUUGGAUUAUCAAGAAUUCAUAUGGAACGACGUGGGGGGAAGAGGGAUAUGGCAAAUUGGCACGGAACAAAGAUAAUCACUGUGGCAUCACGAAUUUGGCAUCGUAUCCAAUUUUAUAAGAAAAUAUAUGCG